ACUUGUCUGUAAUCCCAUAGGAUAUUGGUUUUGCCCUCACUAGAUAUGGCGCCUGUACGGCUUCACGCAAACAUAAUGAUGGCGGAGAAACGGCGUGUAAUGCCUGGCUCGCCGGUUUCCCGAGCAGCUCCAGGUCCGGUUAACGAAACAGAGUUUUUAGCGCAGACUGGAGCGAGGGAUAUGCUGCGAGAGUCCGUACUGAAGCUGCUGGAGGCCAGGCCAGAGGACCCUACAGCUUUCCUGGCAGAUUACUUUGAGAAGCUAUGGAUCGGUUCAGAGACGGCGGUGGGGGACAAGGGCGCCCAUCUGUUGGGCCAGCAGCGUCUUAACCGGGCUCUUUGGUACUUGAGAUUGACCCACCACUCCCAAAGGACCGCAUUUAAUAAUAACCUCAGCAUGGCGUAUGAAUGUUUGAGCACAGGAGGGAGGAAGAAGAAGACAGGCUUGACUGGAAAGAUCUACAGUGAAGUCUUAUCUAGGAUAUGCCGGGAAGGAGAACUGCCUGAAGAGGUUUCUUCUGAGCUUCUGAGGAAGAUUCGGUGCAGAGACCAUGAGGCUGUCCCCUUUGAUAUUUUCCGUUAUGGAGUCUUGACCUGCUUUGUGCUUUUAGAAUUCAGGUCCAAAGCUGACUCUCUGUUUAAUGUACUCAAUGAACAAGGUCCAGCUGACGAAAGACUAAGCAAGGCUGUUCUGGACACCUUGGAAGAGGCUUUAGUGACUAGUGAUCUCUUUAUCCCAGCCAGUUAUCUGGAGGCUGGGUCAAAACUUGGUCCAGACGGUUUGGCCUUAGCAAUGAAUAAAGCCUUUUUGGGCAACAGUUCUGAGGCUGUUAUAAGCAGAAACCAGUUUUUAAAGGAUGCAUGUGCCUUGUUUAUCUGUAAGGUGAAGUCUGUAGGAUAAAGCCUGUGCCUUAGAUAGUUUUCUUAGUAAAUGGAGAAGUCAAAUGUUCACAAAUGUGAAGGGGGCAUUUUGCACUUCAAUUAACGUUUAUUAUUAAGUAAUAUUAAGCUUGCAAGUGGUAUUUACUUUGUAUUCUAUGUGAUUUUGGAUUAUUCCUUUUUGUUUCCUAGUUCUAGAGACCCAGUUGCCCUAGCAACCAGGCUAGGAGAACAAUGAAUAUGAGAUUACUAAAUAGAAAGUAAAGUAAUAAUAAUAUAAACAAAAUAUCUAGCCUUUAAGUAUAGGCGAAGGAAAGCUUCAGUCACUGGUGAAAGCCAAAUGUUAGACCCCCCCAAGGACUGUUAUCACUUACCUGAUACCCUGGACCAGUGCCACAGGUUUCACAUUCAUCACACUUCACCACCAAAUCACUGUACUCUGAUGCACGUCCAGCGGUUUCCACCUUCAAUCUGUUCAAUCAGACCAUAUUAGUUAUUGACGGCACCAGUCAAUGGUUUCUUUUGUUAAAAUGUCUUUAUUAGGACAUGGGCUCUGACCCCAAACAAUUGGCAACGUUUCAGACCACACAGUCUUUUCUCAAGCCACUCAGACAGCACCUGUGCUCUGUUAUUUAUACAGUGUAUCACAGUGACCCCUAGUGACAUUUUUCCAAAAUUACAAUGUUUCACAUUUAUAAAUCGCCACAGUUGUAUCAAUUUACAUUAACAAAAAACGUGUAUCUCUAUACCUUUGUGCAAACAGUCCAGUGAUCCUUAAAAUGUCCAUAAAUUUUGGUGUGAAAAAACCUUUUUGCUCUAAGAGAAGGACACAUAAUUAUCCCUUUAAUAAAAACGGUUUAAAAUUAAAUUAAAAACAAUUCAGCGAUAUAUCUUGCUCAAAUCAUAUUCCCUGUUGAGACCAUGGGGGACCAAUGUUUCCAAUUUUCUAAUCCAUCUUGCUUCUUUCUUUAAUAGCAUUUUUACUCUAUCUCCUCCCCUCCGCAUUCUCGGUACACUAUCUAUUAUUUGAUAUUUUAGUUGUUGUACCCCAUGGCCUGCAACAAGAAAAUGAUUUGCAACUGCUUUGUCACUUUUUUUAGUAUUUAUUGCGGACUUAGCACUUCUUGUGGUUUGUCCAACAUAGGACAACCCACACAGGCACUUAAUUACAUGCACAACGUAAGUACUUUAUAGGUAUGGUAGCCAUUAAUUUUUAUCGCUGUACCCUUCCUUGGAUGAUACAAUGUAUCCCCCUUUAAACAAUUAAAAAACAGCAGCAGUUGCAACCAAGACAUGGGUAUGUCCCAUUCUUUCUUGGCCGCAACAGUCGCUCUUGAGCACCACUCCCUCCUACAUCCACUCUUACAGCCAUCAAUCUGAUUUUUUAUAGGAAAUAAGUGGGACAUUUUUAAAGGAGUCAAUAUCUGGACCAGUGCUCCUAUUAGCAAAAAACUGCACUGGCCCAGGGUUUUUCUCAGCGAGCACCACUGAGUGAUCUCUUUCCUGCUUCUUCUUGCUUCACUUCCCCCAGGAUUAUGCAUUGGCAGUUGAGUUACUAGGAAGAGCACCGGCCCGGAGUAUCCGGUAAGUUAUAACAAUCACUAUGAAGUUUUUCUUCUCCUUUUUAUGGAACUGUCCAUUUAGAAGAGGAAACAAAAACAACACCGGGUGAAUAAAUUCAACCUUUCUAGUCCAUAAAAAAAAUUAACCAGGCACGUUAGGCUUCCCUUGCAACAUUUUAACUCAGGCAUGUGCACAGUACAGUAAGCUCCCAAGAACUAUUACUAUACUAUACCUGCCCCCAGCAUGAUUCAUAAAUAUGUAAAUAUUAAAUGCUUUUACUGUUAUUUUAUGCACAAUAGGUUGACAGAAAUGUAUGUGCGAUGGAGCUACCAGCUUUUUACAAAACUAUUACUAUUUGCAACAAUAGAUCACUUUUUGAUUGGAGCAUAGGCCAUUUGAACAGAGGCAAGGUUGGAAUAUUCUGAUGUCAAUAUGUAAAUAAUCCACAAUAAAUUCCUUUCCAUCUCA